UUUCCUUCGUUUCUGUUUUUUUUUCUUUCAAUAAUAUUUUCACAUUAUAACAAACAAAGGUCAUAUUUAAUCCACGUAACUCUAAUAUUUGUCUUUUAAUGACUCCUUCGCAUAUGAGACCACGAAUUGAAUAAACACACAAACCCUACAUAUGUUGUGGAACUAUGGGAGAGAGAGAAACAUCUAGAGAGAGAAAGGGAGAAGAGAUGAACAAAUGGUUGGGGUUUUCUUUGACACCUCAUUUGAGAAUCUCCGAUAGAGUUCAAGAAGAAGACGAAGAAAACUAUGUUGUGACUAAUCAACAAAAGGCUCUCAUGCCUCUCAAUUCGGAUGGUUCUCCCUUCUUCACUGAUCCUCUCACACAUCAUCCUCAUCCUGUCUGGCAAUAUGAUAUUAACCUUAAUCAUGAUGAUCAUCAUCAUCAUGACGAAGAAGUGCCAAAGCUGGAAGAUUUCUUCUCCAACUCUCAUCAAACCGAGUGUCCUCCUAUAAGCGGCAAUAACCAAACCAAUGUGAACUGCACUACAAUGCUUAACAGAUUAAGCCCACCUGGUUAUCUUCUCUACGAACAAGCCGUAUCUACACCACAAUACUCGAACCUAGAUACCAACCUAAGCCAUGAUUAUGGAGGUUCGGUCUCGGUUUUCAAAUCUUGGUUAGGGCAAGGUACUCCAACAUUUCCAGUCUCGAAUACUUAUGUUAGUGGAGAGGGCAGUACGAGCAAUACAAGUAACUUUAGUCACGAAGAGACUAAUUAUAACACCAGUGGCUCGACGUUAUUGUUGACUAUGAGCCAUGGCGCUGCUUCUGAUCUGAUCAACGAAUUAAAUGUAUCUGUACCGGUGGAAGAACCGGUUAAGGUAGACGAGAAAAGAAAGAGUUUGGUCGGUAAAUCGCAGGCCAAGGAACCGGUGGAAACGAGGAAGUCGGUUGAUAGUUUGGGGCAAAGAACUUCUCAGUAUCGUGGAGUUACAAAACAUAGGUGGACAGGGAGAUAUGAAGCUCACUUAUGGGACAAUAGCUGUAAGAAAGAAGGACAGUCGCGAAGGGGAAGACAAGUGUAUCUUGGAGGGUAUGAUGAUGAGGAGAAAGCUGCGAGGGCUUAUGAUUUAGCGGCCAUGAAGUAUUGGGGUCCUACUACUCACUUAAAUUUUCCUUUGAGUAAUUACGAAAAGGAGAUGGAGGAACUCAACAACAUGACUAGGCAAGAAUUUGUUGCCAUGUUGAGGAGGAAUAGCAGUGGAUUUUCAAGGGGAGCUUCGAUUUACAGAGGAGUCACAAGGCAUCAUCAACAUGGAAGAUGGCAGGCUAGGAUCGGAAGAGUUGCUGGAAACAAAGACUUGUACCUUGGCACAUUUAGCACACAAGAAGAAGCAGCGGAGGCGUACGAUAUAGCUGCAAUAAAAUUCAGAGGUGUAAACGCUGUUACCAAUUUCGAUAUAUGCAGAUACGAUGUGAAGAGAAUAUGUUCAAACUCUACGAUCAUCAAUAGUGACCAGGCCAAACGUUCACCCUCCAACUCUGCCUCUGGCCAAUAACGAUUAAAGUGAAACUCCUUGCCGGAGAGGGGACGGUAAGACUUUUCCGAUGUUUACUAUGAGGAACUGAUCACUGAUGUAAUAUACAAUCUCGUUAUGGUUUAAUAAACACUAGGGAAAUUUGAACACGUAGCAAGCUUGUUGUAGCUCAGGGACACCAGGAUUUUCAGUUUCAACUUGUUGUCGUAUUGAAUUGUUGGUUACAUUUUCUAGUCGUGUCACCAAUCUCUUUUGUUUC